AUGUUGACCAAGGAGCACCGCUGCGGCCGAUCGUUGGAGCAGGAACCUGAGCCCAAGCCGAGUCCGAAAAAAGCCGGAUCCAGACGGUGGCUCCGAAACGGCUGUAAGUGGAAGAUGGAGGAGUCGGAGGAACCGGCGGACCGUGGGCAGUCGCUGCCCCCAGUUUACAUUUACAGUCCCGAGUAUGUUAGCAUGUGCGACUCCCUGGCCAAAGUCCCCAAACGGGCCAGUAUGGUACAUUCCUUGAUUGAAGCAUAUGCACUGCAUAAGCAAAUGAGGAUAGUUAAGCCCAAAGUGGCCUCCAUGGAGGAGAUGGCCACCUUCCAUACUGAUGCCUAUCUGCAGCAUCUCCAGAAGGUCAGCCAAGAUGGAGAUGAUGAUCAUCCAGACUCCAUAGAAUAUGGACUAGGUUAUGACUGCCCAGCCACUGAAGGAAUAUUCGACUAUGCUGCAGCUGUAGGAGGGGCUACAAUCACAGCUGCCCAGUGCCUGAUUGAUGGAAUGUGCAAAGUAGCAAUCAACUGGUCUGGAGGGUGGCAUCAUGCAAAGAAAGAUGAAGCAUCUGGUUUUUGUUAUCUCAAUGAUGCUGUCCUGGGAAUAUUACGAUUGCGACGGAAAUUUGACCGUAUUCUCUAUGUGGAUUUGGAUCUGCACCAUGGAGAUGGUGUAGAAGAUGCCUUCAGUUUCACCUCCAAAGUCAUGACGGUGUCCCUGCACAAAUUCUCCCCAGGAUUUUUCCCAGGAACAGGUGACGUGUCUGAUGUUGGCCUAGGGAAGGGACGGUACUACAGUGUAAAUGUGCCCAUUCAGGAUGGCAUACAGGAUGAGAAGUAUUACCACAUCUGUGAAAGUGUACUAAAGGAAGUAUACAUAGCCUUUAAUCCCAAAGCAGUGGUCUUACAGCUGGGAGCUGAUACAAUAGCUGGAGAUCCCAUGUGCUCCUUUAACAUGACUCCAGUGGGAAUUGGCAAAUGUCUCAAGUACAUCCUUCAGUGGGAGUUGGCAACACUCAUCUUGGGAGGAGGAGGCUAUAACCUUGCCAACACGGCUCGAUGCUGGACAUACUUGACCGGGGUCAUCCUAGGGAAAACACUAUCCUCUGAGAUCCCAGAUCAUGAGUUUUUCACAGCAUAUGGUCCUGAUUAUGUGCUGGAAAUAACGCCAAGCUGCCGGCCAGACCGCAAUGAGCCCCACCGAGUCCAGCAAAUCCUCAACUACAUCAAAGAAGUGGUCAGUAGGGUUUGGAGCCCAGUAUUUUGGCUUGGGGAAGUAGGUCAAGAAGAAGACUGUGGAGGGACCAGUCCUGUAGGAUUUCAAGUGAUUGCUUUUCCCUCAAAGAUUCUUAG